AUGUUUGAACAACCAUCAUUUUUUCGUAAACACGAAAUAAAUGAAGUAAAAAGAUUCAUCAAACAACAAAAUAAUGCACUUGGUUAUGGGUAUACUAAAAAGUUAUCCCAUAGUCAUUCAUCUACACCAUGUCAUGAAUGUCAACAAUUAAUAGAUUUAGACUCGACAUGUAUAUAUAUCAAACGAGACAAUUGUACUAAUCUUUGGCAUCCACAAUGUUUUAUAUGUAUACAAUGUAAAGAAUUUCUUGUUAAUUUAAUAUAUUUUUAUAAAGAUGGUCAACUUUAUUGUGAACGACAUCAUUCUGAUUUAUAUAAACCACGAUAUAUAGGAUGCGAUCUAAUUAUCUUCAGUUUUGAAUCUAAUAAAGCUGAAGGUCAUUAUCGGAAUAUGUAUCAAUUUUUUUGUUUCAAUUGUAAAAUAUGUUUAAAUGAUGAACGUUAUAUUAUGCGUAAAAGACAAUUAUUUUGUUUAAAUUGUUUCGAAACAAUGUAUCUAGAAUAUUGUGAUACAUGUUGUGAACGUAUUGAAGCCAAUCAAGCUCAAAUAAUUCAUGAAUCUCAUCAGUGGCAUGCAACAAAGACAUGUUUCUGUUGUUAUACCUGUCUUAUUCCUUUAAAUAAUAAUGAUUUUUUACAAGAUAAUGGUGCAUUAUUUUGUUCUAAUAAAUGUGCAUUACAAAUAGAUAAUUAUUCAAUAAAUGCAAAAUUAAUUGAACAAAGAAAAAUACAUCAAAAUCGUGAUAUUAUUUCAACAUCAUUCAUAUAUACAAAUCAACAUAGUAAAAUAUUUCUAACACGUUCAAAAAAUUUGAAAUUACAACAACAAAAUAUAUUACAUGAAAGAAUAAAAAAUCAAAAAGGUUAUUUAUCAAAUAGUAUCGAUAUUUAUUAUUAUAAUCAUAAUUAUCAAUCACCAGUAUGUGUUCAAAAUCAAACAUCAUCUAAUUCAAUUUAUUCAAAUGAACAAAAAUUAAAUAUAAUAGACAACCAUUCAUAUGAAUUAAAGAAAUUUUAUAAUGAUUUAAAUUUAGAACAAAUUUAUCAUCAUGAUGCAACACUUGAAAUACCACGUUCUUCAAAAUUUAAAUCUUUAUUUACAUCAUUAACUCAUUCAAUUCAUAAAUUGUUUUUUAAAUCUAAAAUAAAAAAUUAUCCAAGAGUAUCACAACAAACAUUAAUUGAUCAAGUACCAUCAAAUCGUUUUAAAAGUUUUCAUUCAAAUGGAAUAAUGUCUGUAAUAUCAUGUCCAAAAUCAAUAAGACCAUUACAAUUUCCAUAUUCAGGUUCAUUAAAUGAUUCAUCUAGUUUAACAAAACAAUAUUCUAUUCAUUUAAUUGAUGAUGAAAAAGAAAAAAAAUCAAAAUAUUUACCAAUAAUAAAUUAUAAAUCAAAUUCAUUAUGUCGAUCAUUAUCAUCAUCAUCAUCAUCAUCUGUUCAUGAUAAUAAUCAAGAAAAUUUUAAUUGA